CCCACACGGCCGUUUGCUGUGUCGGAGGGAUUCUCUCGCGAGGAAGGACGCCAUUAUCGGAUUUUAACAAACAAGAAACGAGAACUGAACGGUAGUAGUGGCAUUUCAGAGUGAGGUUAAUUCUGCAUCGUAACUAGAUGAUGUCAGAAGACGAUUUGACAGAUGUGGUUCAAAUUGCAGUUGAUGACCUAACACAACAUCAAGCAGGAGUUUUGGAGAAUCAUCAGUCUGAGGAUGGGAUUGAACAACCAGUUUUAAAACGUCAACGAGUAGACAUUUCAAAUGGGCAGCCAAUGCAAGAUUCUACAGUAAAGUCUAUUCUCUUUGACAUUAAUCAAGCCAUUUGUUUGCGUCUUGAUAGUAUUGAAGCCAAAAUUCAGGCUGUGGAAGCAACUUGCAAAGCUAUUGAAGAGAAAAUAGACUUGGUUUUUAAUAAACAAAAUAGUCCUAUCCAGGUCCCUAUGGUGGCAGGAUCUCCUCUGGGUGCAACACAGACAUGGAAUAAAGUUCGCAGUACAGUACCACAAACCACUGUAAUAUUAAAUAGUGAUCGACAGAAUCCAAUUAGUUCCAAAGUUGCUGGACAAGAAGAAUCUUUAGCUCGAGGAACAGACACCCUGGACAAUAUUCUCAGCAAUUCAAUGCCAGGGAGGCGACAAAACACAAUAAUUGUGAAGGUUCCUGGCCAUGAAGAUAGCCAUACAGAAGAUGUUGAAAGUGGAUCUGAAGCAAGUGACACCGUUUCAAAUAGUGGUCAAUCAGGUGGUCAGAACUUGGCCCCAAAUGUUACACUCAUUACAUUGAAUUCUGAAGAGGAUUUCCCCAAUGGGACCUGGCUUGGCGAUGAGAAUAAUCCUGAGAUGCGGGUUAGGUGUCCCAUCACUCCUGCUGAUAUGCUACAUGUUGCCACAAAUUGCCGAACAGCUGAAAAAAUGGCAUUGACACUGUUGGACUAUCUGUUUCAUCGUGAGAUACAAGCUGUAUCCAAUCUCUCAGGGCAGGGAAAACAUGGCAAAAAGCAGCUGGAUCCUUUAAUGAUCUAUGGAAUUCGAUGUCACCUUUUCCAUAAAUUUGGAAUCACUGAAUCAGACUGGUACAGAAUAAAACAGAGCAUAGAUUCAAAAUGUCGAACAGCUUGGCACAGAAAGCAGCGUGGACAAAGUUUGGCUGUAAAAGGUUUUGCCCGAAGGACACCCUCCUCUUCAGUCAUGAGUGGAACAGGUGGGAUACAAGGAUCAGUAUCAUCUUCUGGAGAUUUACAGCAGAAUCAGGCACAGACCCUCCACUAUGCAUUGGCAAAUGCUCAGCAAGUUCAUAUUCAUCGUAUAGGAGAGGAUGGACAAGUUCAACAAGUAGCUGUACAGGGCCACCUGCAUAUUGCACAGGUACCACAGGGAGAACAAGUACAAAUUACUCAAGAUAGUGAGGGCAAUCUCCAAAUACACCAGGUUCAUGUUAGUCAAGAUGGCCAGGUACUGCAAGGUGCACAAUUAAUUGCAGUGGCUUCUGCUGAACAUCCAACCAGUGGAGUAGAUGGAUCACCUCUACAGGGAAGUGACAUCCAGGUGCAAUAUGUACAGCUUGCACCAGUAACAGAUCACAAUGCAGCAGCUCAAGGCACUGAAAGUCUUGCAGCCACAAUUCAGCCUGAAAUGCAAAUUGAACAUGGGGCAAUCCAGAUUCAACAAGGAGAGAAUGGAGAAGUUGUUCAAAUCCAAAUGCCAGUCAAUACUGUCAGCAGUUAAAACCAAAUGAACAUAGCUAUAAGAGCACAGAGAGAAAACAGAUUUGCACAGUGCAAGUGAUGGCCAAGUUGCAGGUGCACAUUAUCGUAGCAAGAUCUGAAACUCCUCACAUUACAAAAGAAUAAAGUAUUUCAGCUCUGAGAAACAAAAAAAACUUGAUCAUUUGAAGAAUUUGUCUCCUAUUUCAGAUUAACUAUUGUGGACAUUGGGAUUAACUGUUAACCAUGUGAAAUAAGAAAAAUACAUAUCUGUGCAACAACCUAUUAGCUUUUAUUAUCCAUUGUAAUUUUAUAGGGCCUUGUUUAACUGCAGUUUUGUCUUAAUUGCUACUGAAGUGUUUUGGUUUGAAAAAUGAAUUACACAGAUGCUUUGAAGAAAUGUAUUUAUGAAUCUUAUACACUAUAUCUAGAAUUGAGGGAGUUUAUUUUUUCAUUUAUUAUUUGCAGCUGCAAGCCCUUAGGCAAAGCCAAUAAAGCCUUUUUGUAACUAAUUUUAGGAGGAAGAUAUGCCAGUCAAUUAAGGAGAUUUGUUGUAAUUAUUAUGAAAAGGAUGUGUGAAGUACCGCCAGUUCUUUCAGCCUGAAGUAAAUUAACAUUUUACUGCUUAGUUAAGGUGCAGCAAUAUGGUGUUAUUUUUAACAUGCAUCAUAAAGGAAACACACAGUUGCAGUCUUGAUAAAGACUUGUCUGCUACGGAAGUAUUCUUGUAAAGAGCUUAUUAAAUCAAUGAGAAACUGA